GCGAUUAAAUAUUCUAAUUAGUUAACAGCCCUAAUAUUCACAGGUGAACUGAGGUAAGAAUACAAAAGAAGUAACAGCAAGGUCAAAGACUAUAAUCAUGUUGACAUUAAUGGGACAGAUUUGUGUGUCCUGUGUUUGCUCAGUGUCUAUCUGAACUUGUGCUUGCAGUAAAUGAUUUAUGGAGGGAGGAGAAAGGGUGUAGGGGAGGAACAAUUUACAUGACCCACUAUUUCCUCCAGUUCUCUUUUUUUUUAUGUUUCUUUGAUUGCCAAUUGUUGAAGACUUAAAAAACUGGAGAAAGAAUGUCUCACUGGUACAUGAAGCAACAAGGCAGGCGUUUGUAGAAUAUGGGGCUCAGAUGUAACUGAGGAAAUCACAGCAACACUUCACAGAGAAAACAUUGGAUUUUAUGUGAAACUACAAUCUUCUUUACUUACCAAUGGCAUCAUUUCUAUUGGAAUAUUUGUUCUGUUUGUUCCCGUCGCUGCUACUUCUGCUGCUUUCUCUGGCUCUGCGCUGGCCCAUGGUACGUUGUUGGACGAGGCUGGCUGUCAGGGCUGCAGGCUGGAGACUCUGGGUCAUUAUCUGCCUGAUCCUGGAGCUGCCACUAGACAGGAAUAUAAGAGCACGGACCGAGGAGACUGGAUCACCAGGAACAGAUAUUUCGUCUGGGUCAGGUCAGGCCUCAGAUGGUCCCAGGUUCAUCUGCAAACCCACUGCGCUGGCCAAAUAUCUGCUCCGGCACUGCGGCUCUCUGGCCAGGCCGAGACUGGCCUACUGGCCCAGGGGAGAUCCCCACCUCCAGACUCUGUCCAGCCUGCUGUGUGGACAACAUGGAGACACAUUACAGUUCACUAGAGACAAUCUCUUACUGAGAGACGGGGGGAUUGUGGCUCUGGACUGGGCGGUGGGAACAAGACUGGGUGAGGUGGUCGGGAGGAAGAGGUGGGAGGGGAGGAAGGAGCAUCAGUCAGGAGGAAAGGCGCUAGGCUGCUUCACCGCGACGCCUCCUGUCCUCCUCCUCAUCACUGAGUCCUGGGGAGGGAUGACCCCCCACCUAAAUGUGCUGUGCCAUCAGGCCGUGUGUCAGGGCUUUAAUGUGGUGGUAUUUCAUGCUCGAGGCACAGCGGGGUGCCCACUGACCACAGCGCGACUGACUGAGUUUGGAGACCCAGCUGAUCUUGAACAGGCGGUGGCUUAUGUCCACAGCCGCCACCCAUCCUCUGUCAUGGUUGCAGUGAGUGAGGGUUCAGGCUCUGGGAUUCUUCUUUCCUACUUGGGAGAGUGUGGAUCGAGUUCACACCUGACAGCAGCUGCAGCCGUCUCACCUGUGCUCCAGGGACAACUGUGGUUUGAAACCACCAUGCCCCCCAUUUAUUGCUGGGGGGUGUUGCACCAUCGGCAACUGCAGCUCAGGAGGUAUGCAAGUUCCUUCAGAGGAGUCCUGGAUGUGGACCGGGCCCUCAGCUGUUCCUCCCUCAGAGACUUUGAGGAAACUCUCUCCUGCUCUUCAGCCCAGCCUCAGCAGAAGGCUCCCAGACCUCUAAUAAGCUCUCUAAACUCUGGAUUGAGGUCAGGAUCUCAUUCCCCACGGGGCCUGGCACCCUCAGUGGCCUGGGCACUGGGAGAGAGGGCGUACCCAGCCAAGGACUGGGACAACUACUGGGAGAGGAACGAGCCACUGAGAGACGCAGAUGAGGUGGCGAUCCCUGUGCUCUGCAUCCGCAGCCGUGACGAUCCCCUCCUCCCGCCUGCCUCCACGUUGCCCCUUCACCUUUUCCAGAGCAAUCCUCAUUUCCUUCUGGUGCUGACGGACAGAGGAGGGCACUGUGGGUUCACUCUGGAGCGCCGAGAAGAGAUGGAGGGAGGGGGGACUGGAAACGAGGUGGAGGAGGAAGGUAACUGGAGUAAUAUUGUGGUUCUGGAGUACUUCAGAGUGGUGUCUGAUUUCCUUAAAGGGGAAGAGAGGGAUGGGGUGAGCCUGGAUAGUCCACUAGGAGAAUAUAGUGUAGGGCAGAAGAGCAGGACCAGCAACAUGGCUGCCUCUCGCAGGAGGAGAGCCAACAUGAUGAGGAGACAAAGACUGCAGGUGCCUGAAGAGAGCAGCGCGGAUGCAGAGGAAGAGAACUUCACCUGGAAGAGGUCGUACACACGAUGAGGAGGAAGAAGAUGAGAUCUGCAGAGAGACACUUUGGACAAUAUUUGGGUUUUUUCCUUCUCAAGUUACAUCUGUAGCUGGAUGAAAGCACAGUCCUACAAACAACUGGAAAAGAAAGCUGAUGGAAACAAAAACAUUUUUUUUACAGAGCAAAAUUAGUAAAAAAAAUCAAGAGGACUAAUGAUCUUUGGUUAAGACAAACAAAAUCACUCAGAACAUGGCUUUACUCGUUUGAAACUCCAACAAUAAUUCUUUGGAAAACAAAAAUGUGUUACUUACUACAGCAACAACUUUUCAGGCAAUGUUGCUCCUACAAAAGAGGUUAAAAAGAGAGGUUAUGCAAAUUAAACAAGCAGUUUGAGGUUAAACACAAUUCAAAGAGUUGCACUGUAUCAAUUAAAAAUUGUAAUAUAAUGACAAUGAUAGUGAACAGUGUAAAAGAAUUCAAAUAUUUAGGUUAAGUUAAAGUUUUUUUUUGCUCCUCACACACAAAGUCACAAUGGGACAAAGAAAUAUUAAAAUUACUUUAUUACAGAUGAUUCUUUAUCCAGUAGCCCUCUUCCAACAAAAAAUAGUAAUUACAAACAAAAUAUUACAUUUAUCCCCUAAACUUUGUUUCUCAAUUUCUUUUAUACAUUUUUAAAUCACUUUGUCAUCUGUAAGGAAUAGCUUUUCUCUUCUGCUAUGCAACAUUCAGCUUUUUGCACAAUCUAUACAAUUUAAUACAGUUUAAUACAGGUCUCUGGACUACGGAGAAUAAAACAGCAAGAUCCACCAAAUGACAGGAGAGAUAAAGGGAAUACUGAUAAACAGACUGUACAGAGACGUAACCCUGCCUCCCGCCGACUUUCAGCCAAUCAGCAGCACCGAAGGGGAUCACAGUAGACUCUUUGAUCUGGUCAAUCACUUGUGCAAUCAGUGCAACUGAUCCAGUUCAGAGUGACCGAGGUCUAAAGCUAGACUCUGCCCCCGACUGCCUCGCUUAACACCUGGGAGUUCUAGUAAACACAAGUCUAAAAACCUGCCACUCGUUUGGCCCUCUGCAGACAUCAUCUGGGAAAUAAAAUGACCCUUUCUGGCAUAAAAAGGAAAUAAAAUACUAUAGAAGUGGAAAAAGGGGUUGAUAAAAGAUGUUG